ACUUGUCAGGAACAAUAAAAUGGAAUACCCUCUCACGCGUAGACGGCAGCCACCAGCGCCAUUGUCACCAUCACCGUGCCUAAGUCGAAGUAGAAGUGAAGCCGAAAACAAUUCAAGCUCGCUAACCACGAACCGAAGUUUGGUUAAUAACCGAUCAAAAUCAACUACAAGAUCAAGAAAUGAAAAUGUAAACCCUUCAUGUAAUUAUACUACUGGCACUUCUUUAACUAACAUGCACAAGAAACCUAGCAGUCAACAUAAGGAGAGCGGAGGCAAAGAUGGAUUUGUUAAGUUCUUGCACCGAGGCAGUACUAGCCCACGUAACAGCUCUGCUGCAAUUAAGAGGACGAAGUCUUCAGCAGGGUCUUCACAGUCAGCAUGGGCAUUAUCACCUGGACGAUCUCCUGUGUUUCCGACACCAGAGUCAUCACCAGGGAUUGGUGGAGAUAAGAGAGGGAAGGUUAAAGGUAACGGUGGUGGUGGUGGUGGUGGUGGUGCUAUGAAUAGUGUUUUGAGGUACUUCAAGCAAAAGAAGGUGAAUCCAAUCCAAGAAGAGGAGUACCAUAGGUAUAGGGUUUUGUACAAUAGGUUGUUGCAGUGGAGGUUUGUUAAUGCUAGGGCUGAUGCUGCUAUGUCCUAUGUGAAGACAGUUGCUGAGGAUAAAUUAUUUCAUGUUUGGCUUAGAAUCGUCAACACGAGAAAUAUCAUACUAGAAAAGCGAAUUCAAAUCCGAAAGCUGAAGCACGAGGUCAAAUUGUGUCAAAUUAUCAACCCACAAAUGAAACUGCUUAAUGAAUGGGCAAAAUUAGAGGGUAAAAACUUUGAAGCAGUGGGCAGAGUGACAAGGAAACUAUCAGCAUUGUCAGUCAAACUCCCUCUUGAAGAAGAUGCUAAGGGAGAUGUGGAAUCAGUCUACAUAGCUAUUAGCAAUGCUGCGCAGGUCAUGGAUAGCAUAGAAGGGACCAUAAAUAAAUUCCUCUCCCAGGUCGAGAAAGUCCUUUAUCUGAUUACAGAGCUUUCGAGCACACUGCAAAAUCAAGAUGAAAGCUUGGAGGAAAUGGAGAAAACAAUAACCGUAGUUGCUAAACUAGUGGCAUGGGAGAAAAGUGUGAGAGUACAUCUCUUGCAAAUAGGCCAGGAUUCAGAGGAAGAGGAAGCUGUCUCAAGACAUGAUUAAUGACAAAAGGACAGAGCUACGUUGAUAUCUCUCUGUUUAGAACAAGAGAUCAGUCCCAUUCUUUUUCCACUAUUUGUACGUGGGCUGU